GAACGUCAGCUCUCACUUUGCGUACAGUGUUCCUCGGUUGCGGUUGGUCUGCGUUGUGUUACGUUUUUGUUCCGCGAGCGAUUGGCUCCCCUUCUGGGUGGAUUAUUUCUCAUUGUGAAGCGUGUCCGUCGACGGUCCUUGAGAAAUACUUUAAGCACAACAAUCCAUACGGUUCCGCGGAUUAGGAACAGCGUUGCUGCCUCGAGGUCAUUUACCGGGUGCAGUAAGUAGCCAAGUGUUUGUAACCUGCCAGAGCCAGAACAUCAGGGUGAAUCAUAUUAGCAGAACAUUGGCAAAAACUUGGAUAAUAACAGAAGGGAAAUGGUCAGUCGUAUAUUUCCUGUCCCUCCUUACAAUAUUGUCGACAGAACAUUGAUAAUCAACAAAGAUAAAAUUGAGGAAUCAAUCGCAGAGUGCGAGGUGGUGUUGUAUUAAAAAACCAAACUUUCGGAUGUUUUCGUGUGGAUAUAGCGGAUGUGUUCGCGAGUAGGAAAAUAACCUAAAUUCGUGUUUUGUUUUUCCAUUGGUUCGAGCAGUUUCAAAAAGCUGGGAAUUAUUUGGGUUAAUAAAAAUUAGCUGUGUGUGAAUAAAGAAGUCAUCAUUUACCAGUCGAAUAAAUAAAUGAUAUAAACCUACCCACACAAAAAGAAAUCUCGACCUGCAUCGAGCAAUAUAGUGCUAGUGUGAAAGGAAGUUCAAUCGCUGCUCGGAAGGCGUCCAUUUGGGAAUUGCGUGAAAAAGGCUUGAUAACGCGAAGAAUCGCACACAGUGCACUGUGAUCAUCGUUCGAUAAUUUUCUGUUGGCAUAAACGAGUGCAGAGUGAGGUGUUAAGUGGGGUGAAGAUCGGUUUGAUUACCGAUAAAUCGAUUCAGUGAAUUACCGCGCGAAAAAGGCGCACAAACGGUUGCAAAAUUCAUAAGUUACAUAAAUCAUCAACGGCCAUGGCGGUGGUCCGGAAGAAACAGGAUGACAAAAUCCUGAAAACGCUCCGGGAGCUGGUCGGGAUCGGUGGCAACAAGCAGUGCUUCGACUGCGGUCAGAAGGGUCCAACCUACAUUAACAUGACCAUCGGCUCGUUCGUCUGUACGACCUGUUCUGGAAUACUACGCGGUCUGACUCCACCACAUCGAGUUAAAUCGAUCUCGAUGGCCACUUUCACCCAGGAGGAAAUUGAUUUUGUGCGUCAGAACGGUAAUGACGCAUGCAGCAGAACCUGGCUGGGUCUGUGGGAUCCAAAGCGGGCCAUCAAGCAGGAGCACCGAGACUUUAUGAUUGACAAGUAUGAGCGAAAAAGGUAUUAUUUGGAGCCAGCCAGUCCCCUGAAAUCACUCUCAACAAACACAUCCAACUCGACCAGCUCACUUCCAUCCAGUAAUGGUUUCAGCAGCAGUAGUAGCAAUAUCAGUAGUAGAAACGGUUCGGAAAAUGUAGUGCCACUUAAAACGAUUACACUAACUCCACCAACGUCGUUGCGGCUUAGCAGAACCAACUCAAAUUCCAGUAGCGGACUCAACGGCAACGGAAGCCACACCUCGUCAUCAGUCACAAACCCUAGUACGAGUGUAAAGUUCCAACAGCAGUUCUCCCCGGAUGAUGGUAACUUUUUCAGUGAACCACCAAAAAUAUUGCCACCGACCCCCCAGAAACACUCCAGCAAUCACCAUCAGCGGUUGAAUGGUACCGUAAAUGGAGCCAAUUUCGAGCGAAAUCAGCGGAAUGGGCUACUGACGAGCACCAGCAACGGCAACAAAUUUACGCCCGAUUCGGAUUUCGUGGCCGAUUUUAGUAACGCGAACAUCGUCAAUAUCGACGGCACGAGUAACGGUAGUAAUGGGCUUAGGAGCAAUAACAAUAACAGAUUGAGCAAUGGGUUCAACGAAAAAGAGGAUUUAAGUAAUGGUCGAACGAAUAGCGAUAUGGAAAACUUUGCCGACUUCGAGCAUAAUGCGAUCUACAAUGCUGCCGAACACUUGAAUGGCUCCAUCUUCAGCAAUGGCAACCAUAUAGACAGCAGUACGACAAACAGCAGCAGCAGUACCACCAGUGUCAACAGCAUGAAUAACGACCUAUUCAUCAACAAUUACAGUCUGUUGAACAAUAACAAUAGCACCAGCUCGACCGCCUCCGUCCCUGUAGGUGUGGUUGGUGCAUGCAGUGAUUCUUCAACUUGUAACGACACUCAAUUUACCGCUUUCGGGGAGUACAAACCGAACACCUACGUUGCUGGUCCAUACUAUGGAGCUGUCCAACGGUCGAAUGGUUACGUUUGCUUUCAGAACUAUUAUCCCAACGGCGGUGGCGGUGGAAGUAAUAGUCUCAACUACACCACCAAUCAAAACAAUAAUAUACAGUGGAAUCUUUGGCAUCAAUUUAAUCAGCGGCCUCCCAACGAGCAAGCCACCAUGUUUGGUAGUGCGAGCAGUUUGAGUUGUAAUGGCCAAAGUCAACAGGCAGCGACCGAUUCGUUGAGACAUCACCAACAACAACAACAGCAGCAGCAGAGUCAACAGCAACGUUAUUGCUCAAAUCAGAAUCGAUGGAGUGUUCCAAUUUCAACCAGCUCAAGGUCUGUGACUGUUACCAGUGCAGCAGCACCGUCCAUAGAUAGAUAUGCUGCACUGAAAGAUUUGGAUGACCAGUUCCGAGAGAUCAAGCUCGAGUGCGAAACGAACAACAACCACAACAACAAUAACAACAUCGUGAACGGUACGAGCAAUGGUAUGAUAAAUGGAAACCAUACCAGUGAUGUUCAUCAAACAUCUACGGCGAAUCCUUUCAAGUCAGCAAAUCCGUUCCAGCAGCAACAGCAGCAUCAACAGCAGAGCGUUAACUGGACCAUACCGGGUUCCGCGUCGGCGACUGGAACGACUACAAAUGGUUUCUACGCGACAUCACCGUACCAGAAUGGAUUUACGCAUGCGAAUCUAAUCAAUGGCAAUGUGCCCAACGGAGUUAGUUUCACAAAUGCCUUCCACCAGCCGAGUAGUACUGCGUACGGCUCGGGCGGCCUCGGUUCUCAGGUAGCACCACAGUUUAACGGUGUCACGGCGGUUAGCAUGCAUCAACCGCUGAACCACUUCGGGCACUUUGGGAAUCCUUUUGUGACUGCUGGUGCCACGACCGCUUCGUCCAACUCGAACAAUCCGUUCUUAUGAGUAGUUUCGUAGAACCGUACAUGGGCUAAUCCUAACUCCUAAAUAGAUUAGAAAUAUGUGUAUAGAUUUCAGUGACAUACCAAUAUAAACAACACGUCGAAAGACAAAAAUGUUGUAUAUACUAGCUAUCUUCCGGUAGAAGAUUGGAAGGUACCAAGAACAAAGAUAGCAGGAGUUUAUUUCUAAUGCACUAACUGGACAUGUAUUGGACUGGAUUUCAAUACAAUUAUUAGCGCCGAGGAGUCGAUUUUAGGAAAGAGACUACUGAUGUUUUCGUCGCAAUACGUUGUAUACGGUUGUCUGUAUCUGUAUAUUUGUGGGUUUGUUUUUAAUUUGCUAGGAAAAAAAUACAGCCAGUUAUGGAAAGUAAGAUGAUUUUAUGAAAAUAAAAAAAGUUGCGUUUUCGUGUGAUACACGACGAAGAGGAGAGUCACAAGAGUAUUGCCAAUGUGCCGAAAAUUAAGGUGAUAGAUUCCAUUACAAAUAUUGAUUAUCGAGAGGACACAUAUUGUUCGUGUCCAUUUCCGCUGGAUGUAAAUGUUUUUAGAUAUAGACUGACUGACUGCUCUAGGGAAUCUCAAGUGCGCAGUUUUUCUACGCGCGUGCACUUAUUGGAUCAACACUAUGGUUUAAUCCUUAAUCUGCGCUUUAUUAAGCAAACUUGGCAUUGGAUUAGCCAUUUUAUGCUUAAUACUACGAUAAUAACGUUCAAAUUCGAAUAUAUAUCCUCAAACACAUACAAUGUUGUCAUUAAAUGCCAUUUGAUUUAAAUUAAUGGGCGAAAAAUAGAACAACAAACGAAAGGAGUGAAUGGGUAGAAGAAAUGGCGUAGCUUUGAGCGGCUUGGGAUGAGGAAAAGGUAUGCCGAUAAAGUAGUAAUUUUGUUUCAACUAAGAAAGAGGGUGGAUCUAUAAAAUCUAUGGAUUGAAAAUAAUCAUGGGUUCUUCCAUAAUCUAUAUAAAAUGAACUCAUAUAAGAAUUUGAUUGACUUCUGAAGCUGCGUUUUUUCCGUUUUUAAUAUUCCGCCGCUCCUUCGGCAUCAGUUUCAAAAGUAUUCUGAUAGUCCUUUGGGAGUGUACACGAUAUUAUCUAACAAAUAUUUAAAAAAUUGUAAUUCGUGGUUAAACAUCUUUAUAAAAAUCUUAUGUCUAUGCCUAAAGUUUAACCUUAUUUCAUAGCCGAUGAAUUCUUAUAAAACACUUUUAAUAUGCAAAGAUUGCUGAAGUACUGUACGUUUUUACAAAGGCAGGGUACUUCAAGAAAUAAGCAAAUGGAUACUUUUAAUUUGUUAACAAAUUUGUCUCAAUUGACUAUGUGUGAUCUUUUGCUGUCUCCUCCCUAAGUGCCUCUAAAGAACACGGCCGUUUCAGAAAACAAUGUAAACCGUUUCAUUAAACACAUAAUUACUCAGCGUCACUUUGAGGUUUCUUUUUGUUUAAUAAGCGGUAUCCUUUUGCGCCAAAGCUGAUUGAAUUAUAAAAAGUUUUACACCUCGGUUUUAUUUGCCUAUAAUUUAGCACAACUUUUAAAUUAUAUAUUAUAUUAUAUGCAUAUGAUUUACGUGGUGAGAAGGAUGCAUCAGGGCAUCAUUGAAGUUACAACUGGGCAAUGAAGUGAAUGGCCAAUCGGAGUCAAAGAGGAAAAGUGUUUGUCGCUCGCGACAGAUACAUUUCUCUCCAACAUUUGUAAUCAAUUUCACGCAAGCAAACCAUCUCGUGGAAAGCUUGACAAGUAUCGCGAAAUUCGUUAUUCAAUCUGAUGGAUCGUAUUGUUGGAAGGAAAUUCUUUGAUUCCCGUGGAAACUGAGUAGGUGUAAUUGCCUAGGGUCUGCCACUCCUCUUCUGGCCCUUCAUACAGCGGUAUGCUGAACUCAGAAGCCGCAUGCAGAGCAAGACUCAAGCUAGGAUGGUGGCUACCUACAUACAUACAUGCAUUCAUAGUUUAGCACAACUUUUAAACUCUUCAAUGCUAGAAUCCCGGUGACCAAUUUUCGUUGCUGUAAGAAAAUUUGCAAUCACUUGAUCCAUCAACUUCUACGACAAGUAACUCAAAAUCCGUUUGCUGGUACAAAUUGCAUUUAUAUUGAGUUAUGUCACGUUUUUGUAAAACAUUUUCAACUUUUUGGAAUUUGUAGUCUGUGGAAGUGUGAUGUUUUCUGUUGUCCCAUAUGAAAGGCAGUCGGUCGAAUUAGUAGGUGUACAUAUUGAGAAUAUUUUUGUAGAUUUUGUUUUUCGCUUUUAACAAAAAAAACCCUACAAUACACUAACCAAAAAUGGAAGGAAAAUAGUAGAAUGAUGUCGCCAUAAUUACAUACACAUGCCUACACAUAAGCAAGGGUUGUAUAGAGUAAAACGAUCGAAUGAGCAAAUAGCAACAAAUUGAGCAACAGUAAUUCAGAGAUAGAAGUUAUCUAACACGUGUUUUAUUUUAGAGAUAUUUAAUACGUAACCGAGACUAACUAGACAACACAGUGAGUUUGAAGAAAUGCAGCAAAAUACUACAACAUUAGAAACCGUGCUUUUUCUUGAAUAUCGAUGAGAGGUCGCGUCAUCAACAAACAAUUUUUAUUUCGCGCUCGAAGGUUUCAAUAAAUUGGACAGCGUUACGAUUCGCGUUAUCAUUUAGUAAGUAUUCGAAAUUUAGAUCUGCACACUUAAAACGCAAUGUGCUGCUCACGUAUACAUUUAAACAAACAAUCAAAACGUUAUUGCACGUUAAGGACUCUUCACACUAUGUGAAGAUUGUUCUAACUACAUUGAUUAAUAAACAAAACGAAAUGUACUCAACGCUCAAGAGUUUCACUCAAAACUGAUUAGCUAUCGUUAGAUCAUUUAUGUACUGGAAACUUUAUGGGAUAGAUCAAAUAUCGAAAUUAAAUGUAUCAAGUUAGAAUGUUAUAAAAGUUUAACUUUCAUGCAAAAAAAUGCUUUGAGGCCUUACAGAACAAGAAGAAUGUCAAUGAACAAGAGUAGUUUUAGCAGAUAGCAAACGAACUGAGAUUCAAAAACUGUAUGCUCUAAAAAAUGUCAAGUUUUUCAUUUACAAAUACUGUUUAAAGUUAAUAGAUCUUACAGAGUCUUUAUCUUCCUUUUGUCACUCUCGAAAAUGACUUUUAUAAAAAAUAACUGAAACUAUUGCGCUUUGAAGAGAGUAGUUUUAAAAUUAACUGAUCAUGAUAUUGUUUCCUUUGCAAACAGCGCCGAAGUUAUAGCGUAGUUAUUGAAUCCAUAUUCAAUUUUCGAAAUGUUAAUUCUUUUGAUUCACGGUGGUGCGUGCGUAUAAAGUAGCUAUUCGCGGGAUUUUUCAUACUAUUCGAUCAGAAAUAUUGCUCUAUUCGAGAGACAAGGAUAAUUCUUAGUGAACUUAGUAACUCGUUCGCUCUGUUUGUUCUGAAUAACAAUGACAAUGUAGUGAUUCCUUCUAGAUACAUGGUUAUUUUUCCAUCGAUAUAAACAAUCCAUAACAGAUGUCGCAACUCAAAUACCACUAAAUUUAGUUCGUUCGAAACAUUACCUAUUACAACACGAAAUGACAAAACUGAAAAGAACGAUCAAAUGAUUGGUACCUAGUAUGAAGUUUAGACAGUUUCAAGUGUUAUUAAUCUGAUAGAAUGAUGUUCGCUGUAUUAAAGCGAAGUGGGGGAAAUGCUAUCUAAUAUAAUACUUAUGCGAAGCAGUUUGAAUUAUAACUUUAAAAAGUAUCAAAAGUCCUGAAUAAAGAAAAGUUAAUAUUUAAUAUUUAUAAAUACA